GGCAAGCCCACAUUUCUAUGGGAACGCGUAGGGGUGUGGACUGGGAAGAGGGACCGCUGCUGAUGUUGUUUACAGUUACAGGUUGCAAUAUCAAUAUUAACUUGCACGGAAAUGGCGGGGACGUCACGACAUGAUCGGGAGAUGGCAGUGAACGCCAAAAAACAGCUGUCUGUGUGCACAGAUCCUGUGGAAAGCUUGAGGUUGCAGUGUCUUGCAAGAGGCUCUUCUGGCAUCAAGGGUCUGGGCAGAACAUUCAAGAUAAUGGAUGAUGACAAUAACCGUACCUUAGAUAUGAAGGAGUUUAUGAAGGGCCUUAAUGACUAUGGUGUCCUCAUCGAGAAAGAGGAAGCCAUGGCAAUGUUUCAGCGUUUUGACCGGGACAACAGUGGAUUCAUCGACUUUGAUGAAUUUCUCCUCACUCUCAGGCCUCCGAUGUCCAAUGCCAGGAAGGAGGUGAUCAUGCAGGCCUUUAGGAAGCUGGAUAAGACUAAUGACGGGGUGAUCACUAUUGAAGAUCUAAGGGGAGUUUACAAUGUCAAGUACCAUCCCAAAUAUCAAAACGGGGAAUGGACAGAAGAGCAAAUAUUCCGCAAAUUCCUGGACAGCUUCGACUCUCCUUACGACAAGGACGGACAGGUCACCAAGGAGGAGUUUCUCAACUACUACUGCGGAGUCAGUGCCUCCAUCGACAGUGAUGUCUAUUUCAUUCUAAUGAUGAAAAAUGCAUGGAAAUUAUGAGUUUUAAGUUGAUACAUUUAUGAUAAUGAUUUUUAAUGGACAGUUCUUCAAGGUGCUUUCUUAAACUAAUAUUUUAUGGAAAUCAUGUUGACAAACUAAUAUUUAUAAUUGACUUGUUCAUAUUUUGUGCAAUGUUAAAAUAUGUAUUUCAGUUAGUCACUCUCUCCACAAGCUAACUAACUACAUCUAGCUAUAUACAGUGGGGAGAACAAGUAUUUGAUACACUGCCGAUUUUGCAGGUUUUCCUACUUACAAAGCAUGUAGAGGUCUGUAAUUUUUAUCAUAGGUACACUUCAACUGUGAGAGACGGAAUCUAAAACGAAAAUCACAUUGUAUGAUUUUUAAGUAAUUAAUUUGCAUUUUAUUGCAUGACAUAAGUAUUUGAUCACCUACCAACCAGUAAGAAUUCCGGCUCUCACAGACCUGUUAGUUUUUCUUUAAGAAGCCCUCCUGUUCUCCACUCAUUACCUGUAUUAACUGCACCUGUUUGAACUCGUUACCUGUAUAAAAGACACCUGUCCACACGCUCAAUCAAACAGACUCCAACCUCUCCACAAUGGCCAAGACCAGAGAGCUGUGUAAGGACAUCAGGGAUAAAAUUGUAGACUUGCACAAGGCUGGGAUGGGCUACAGGACAAUAGGCAAGCAGCUUAGUGAGAAGGCAACAACUGUUGGCGCAAUUAUUAGAAAAUGGAAGAAGUUCAAGAUGACGGUCAAUCACCCUCGGUCUGGGGCUCCAUGCAAGAUAUCACCUCGUGGGGCAUCAAUGAUCAUGAGGAAGGUGAGGGAUCAGCCCAGAACUACACGGCAGGACCUGGUCACUGACCUGAAGAGACCUGGGACCACAGUCUCAAAGAAAACCAUUAGUAACACACUACGCCGUCAUGGAUUAAAAUCCUGCAGCGCACGCAAGGUCCCCCUGCUCAAGCCAGCGCAUGUCCAGGCCCAUCUGAAGUUUGCCAAUGACCAUCUGGAUGAUCCAGAGGAGGAAUGGGAGAAGGUCAUGUGGUCUGAUGAGACAAAAAUAUAACUUUUUGGUCUAAACUCCACUCCCUGUGUUUGGAGGAAGAAGAAGGAUGAGUACAACCCCAAGAACCCAUCCCAAACGUGAAGCAUGGAGGUGGAAACAUCAUUCUUUGGGGCUGCUUUUCUGCAAAGGGGACAGGACAACUGCACCGUAUUGAGGGGAGGAUGGAUGGGGCCAUGUAUCGCGAGAUCUUGGCCAACAACCUCCUUCCCACAGUAAGAGCAUUGAAGAUGGGUCGUGGCUGGGUCUUCCAGCAUGACAACGACCCGAAACACACAGCCAGGGCAACUAAGGAGUGGCUCCGUAAGAAGCAUCUCAAGGUCCUGGAGUGGUCUAGCCAGUCUCCAGACCUGAACCCAAUAGAAAAUCUUUGGAGGGAGCUGAAUUUCCGUAUUGCCCAGCGACAGCCCCGAAACCUGAAGGAUCUGGAGAAGGUCUGUAUGGAGGAGUGGGCCAAAACCCCUGCUGCAGUGUGUGCAAACCUGGUCAAGAACUACAGGAAAUGUAUGAUCUCUGUAAUUGCAAACAAAGGUUUCUGUACCAAAUAUUAAGUUCUGCUUUUCUGAUGUAUCAAAUACUUAUGUCAUGCAAUAAAAUGCAAAGGAAUUACUUAAAAAUCAUACAAUGUAAUUUUCUGGAUUUUUGUUUUAGAUUCCGUCUCUCACAGUUGAAGUGUACCUAUGAUAAAAAUUACAGACCUCUACAUGCUUUGUAAGUAGGAAAACCUGCAAAAUCGGCAGUGUAUCAAAUACUUGUUCUCCCCACUGUAUGUAUUGUAGAAAACUGUAGUCCACAGUCUGACACCUCGAUCAGACCGACAGCAUCAUUACAUACCGUUUUGCAUAGCUACGCAACUAAACUGAACGCAUGUAUAUACCAUACCAUGUUAUGCAUUACACAGAACGCACUGCAACUGCCUCUGCAACGCAAUGCUGCAAAGCAAAAGCAGAAUUCCUUUGUAAAUGAAUGUACUUCUGGUGUACCAAAACACUGUCGGUCUGAUUGAGGCGGCAAUGUUGGAAUACAACUUUAUAUAAAGACACAGGAAAACCAUAGAGAUCCCCUUACAUUCAGAUUGGUUGAACAGAUACAACAUGAAUGAUAAAUCAAAGUACAGUCAUUUCAGGGGAUGAGAGCAGAAGAAAUUAUACUUUUAAUUUAUUUAUUAUGCAUACACAUUUGAUCUGUUUUAAUAAAAUGUUUUAAACACAAAA